GUUGGGAACUUUUGUUGACGGAUGGGCAGUUGAUCUACAUUAUUACAGACGUUGCUCUUUCGUCCUUGUGAAAAUGGAAAGGACGUUGCAAAUCAAACAAUGCAGCUAGUAAAUGUGUCGUAGAUCUGCCACCCAUUGCAACAAUUGUAUUACUUCAUCAAAUGGCACAGCUCUGUUACGUUUCCGUUGAAGCAUGAACUGGCUCCAGUUCCUGUCACAUUUUGAACAACAUCAUUCAAAUGUGACAGUCCGGCAAGGAGAAAAGCAGCACUAAAUGUCUUCCUCGAACCUUACGAGCGACAUGUUACGACCACGAAAGAAGCCCAAGCUUGAUAGCCCCCCAGAAGAGCCCGAUGUUGCACGACUUUUACAAAAGCUUGCUCUCUAUCGAGAAGUGCAAGAACGCCUCAAUGUAUUGUCUUGUCACUCACCCACAACCCUCCGCCGUCUCUCUGCGUACCUUCGAUAUGAUCUCGAGCGACUGGACUUAAACUUGAGCCGCUCCAAGAAGAUGCAUGACACUCUGGACUUGCUAUUUACAGUGACGAGGGCACUGGCUUGUACGAGAGUUUACGAAGAGGAUGUCGCGGAAGUUGGGAAGCAGAAGGCAGAAGUGAGGGCCACAAGUGGGAUGAUGCUACACAUGUUGGAAGUGAAACACGAUAUCGGCGUGCAAACGGGUGCCUUGCGAAUAUUAGCCAACUUAAUCAACCCGUCCAAAAGCCUCAAAAUCCGAAACCCUGCAUACGGGACACCGGAGAUGGCUGCGUUGAUGGGGAAAUGGAUCUCCCGCGAUAAAAAUGGUCGUCUGGUAAAGAUGCUGGUCGCGACAGUUGGGCUGGAUGCGAGAGAAUGUCGGUUUUACGCUUUAAAAUGUCUAGUAGGACUUGCAAAGUUCUUUGACCAGGAACUAAUUGUCGCGCUGGAAGAUGUCAAUCUUCGACCUUUCUUAACGGUAUUAGAAGAGGUCGGAUGCCAAACUGCAACAGAGAAAACAUCCGAUAGUUUGUUGGGCAGGAUCGACGAUGUUUACGUCCUCUGUAUGACUCUGGUGAGCGAGCUGCUACAGAAGGGAUGGUCGCAAUUCUUUGCUUCCCUCGAUCCAGCUUUCAUCCCCGGGCUCCUCAAGGCCGUGCGCUCCGUGGCCCCUUCCUCUGUUCCCGAUCUCAACCCUGAUGAUGAAAGCAGUGUGCCGGGCAUUGUUGAGACGCCAGACUCAACUAUCAAGUUUUUACAGCACGCUAUAAAAACCCUCCAUCUGAUUUGUAAAAGACAGCCGGAGAUGUCUCUAGACCUGCUUGACCUCGACGAUGUUCACUCUCUCAUACUCAUAAAUAAAUCGCUUGCAUAUAUACAACGCUCUCUUCCAUCGAAUGCGAAGGCGUCGCUCGGAACCCUUGAAACAUUACGAAGCCUUGUUCAGGUUAACCUCCUUAUUUCUCGACGUCGAACAAAACCCUGCUUAAACAUAAUGGCCGAGUUUCGGUCCGAAAUGAUCAAAGUGGCAAUAGGUUUUGGUAUGAUUCUGGCGAGAACGAAUCAUGUUUCGAUCCUCCGCACAUCCCUCCUCCAACCGAUUCUCGAGUUAUUUCUUUGUAACCUUCCUCAAUGUCCAAGGACGCUUCAAACAGCCAUUGACGCACAAUUGCCAUUGAUGCUUGUCAAAUGGUGGAAUGCGAUGUCGAAGCCGCAGUAUUUGGAGAGCCCACACGGAGCGAAAGUUACCUCGAAACUCAAGGGCAGCAUCCUGAAAGUUUUGACGUAUGUCUUGAACGAUGCGAAUGGGUUGCAGACUUACUCCAAAAUGGACAAAGAGGUUGUGAUUGAAUUUCACCGGAAUCUCAGUCUGAACGUGCGACGACUCCUCUCGGGAACGGAACAACAACAGGAAGAUACCACUGAAGCAGAGUCGGACCCAGAUACAAUAGACAUAUAUCCAUCAAUAGGUGUUCGCUCUCUCCGGUUAUUCUCGGUCCUAUUCAUCAAUAAGUUGUGCCGGCUGUUAUUGACAGAUCAAGGAGUUCUGGCAGAUUUCAUUGAUGGUGCAUAUAUACCCAAUAUUCUGGGCCUGCGGAAGAGUGGUUGGAGCGAUCGAAGUGAGGUCACCCGGUUGUUGUUUACCGUUCUGGAACGUGCUGCAACGGAUUCGAAUGUGCGAUUCAAAAUGCGGGAUGGAGAGUUCUGGAGUAGGGACGAGGGUGGCGGACCAGCGACGGAACGACGAUCAUCUUUCACUCUAAUACACUUCCUGCUAAUACUAGUUGUCGCUGCUGGUGGGUUGCUUUACCGCGCCGACCACUCCGAUUCUAAUCGAACCCCUAAACCACUUGAUACGAACAUCCCUCACAUCUUGCAGCGCGCUAUGGUUUUCCUUUCGGAUAACUACGGUCUUGAUACCUCUGUGAGCAUGAUACUCUGCAACUGUCCUUUGGUAACUUUUGACAAACUGGUGGAUCUUAUUCCCGCUGAGUGGGUGCAAAGACGACAAAGUGGUGAUUUCAUCAGCGUUUUGCCAGUCGUGUUGUGGGUAAUCGAGAGGAGCGGUGCAGCGUCUCAACCGGCACCACCCGAGCUUGAGCUAGAACUCGAUCCGCAUAAUGGCAGCUCGAGCGAACACGUCUUGGUGACAUCGCUCUAUGAAUCUGCGGCGCAUUUUCUUGAAACCCUUUUAAAUACUCCUAACUGCCGCUCCCAGCUUCUCACGCCUCCCACACUUCACGUUCUUUCCUCAUCCCUUGCCAAUCACCCCAUCCCAUCACUACUUCGGAUACUCUCGCGCCUUUUAAUAUCAGAGGAGUCGCUGGAGCCGCUGGUCACGACGUUCGGCACGUCAUCAGCGCUUGAACCCCUCCUGGAGAGGGACGACAUUCUGAUUGCGAUUCAAGCGUCUAUGAGAUCGCAAAAGGGUGUAGUGCGCCGCUUGCUAAAGUUCUGGGCAUAUUUUGCUGACGAUUUCGACAUGCGCCUGACGGUGGCAGUGGCGAUAGGAUGGUGGAUGGGUGAGCGGUUGAUAUUCUGCGUGGUGGAGGAAGACACGGAGGUUGGGCGGCAGGUUGCGAGGGAAAUUUUGGAACGCUUCUUUGAGACGAUGUUGGAUUGCCAUGCGAAGGAAGAUGAUGCAGUGACGAGUCGAAGUCGCGUGGGUAAGGUUUUAAAGUACCUGGGAUGGGCGUUGCGCCAAAGGGGCCGGAAUCCGCUUCGCAGCUGGAUUAAAGGCGUUGAGGUGUCCUGGCCUCGCAUAAGUACCAUGCAGCAGAUGCUUCAAUAUGGCGAUUCUGUCUCUGUUUUUCAUGGUGACGACGACGAUGUGGUAACAUGGAACCUGCCCGAUGAUCCCACCGCAUGCGGACCUCUGACAUUUUCGCGAAAGACGCUUUCAACGCUCUCUGCACCUCUUCAAGUUCUCCUCUACGGAUCCUACAAGGAGACCAUUGAAAAAGUAGUUACGAUCCGCGAUGUGAAGUAUCCAGUAUGGAAGCUAUUUUUGGCAUACUGUGAAGUGAUUUCCAAUAGGGUUCCGGAGAGAUACACCCCAGUGGAUAUUGGAUUGUGUGAUACAGAAAUGCUUGAAACCCUACUGUCCUUGUAUCAAUUGGCAGACAAGUUCUUAGUCGACGACCUGCGACAAGUGUGCCAAGAGGUGUGCGUUUUCUGGUGCCGUGCUGCUGUUGAAAAGGGGGAUGCGGAGAUUGUCGGACGUCUUUGGCAAUGGAUAAGGAUGAUUGACUUUGGGGAAGAGGAAUGGCGAACCAGGAUGGAAAAAAUCAGUUUCUGGGGCUUGUGUUGCUGUGCUGGAGAAGUUGGACGAGGACAAGGAUGAACAUUGUAAAUAGAACACGUAGCUAAGCUUUUAGCCACACUACACGACAUUCCAAUCCAGCACCAGGACUUCAGAUCCGAUUCAAUCCAGGCCCUGCAAGUUGAUCGAUUGCUUG